AUGAUAAUUAAUUUUUUGUUAUUCAAUCUAUUGAUUAUUGAAAGUUUAGGGGCAUUACCCAAAAGUACUCCAAUUAGUCUUCCUGUUGAAAUAAUAACAAACUUGAGUAGUGAAACUGUUAGUAUUACUGAAUGUUCAAAUUCCAUAGAAAAUGUUUAUGCUGCCUCAUUUAUUUUUGAUUCACCUAAAGAAACGAUUAUUAAUUAUGAAACAACCUCUUCGUUAGAUUUUAAAAUAAUGUUACAAAGUAGUUCUUCAAAAGAGUGUAUUUUAUUAGAGAAAAAUAAAUCCAGUAAUAUUACAACAACACUCCAAUAUAGGGUCAUUGUUAUUUCAUCUACUGCAUUAGUAGAAAAUCAGUCAAUUGAAUUCUCAUUAAAUUAUGUCCCACAACAAAACGAUACUCUUGGAACUGUUUCUGAUUAUCCAUUUUUCCAUAUGGUAACUGUCCCACCUUUAAUUAUACCUUCUUCAGAUAUUUGUCAUUUACAAUCAGCUCCGUAUAAUAAUAUCUAUGGAUACACCUAUCAAAUUAAAUCAAACACAGAUGAUAUUCUUGAAAUAAAUACUUGUGGAUAUAGUGAAGGUGUUACUGGUAUCUAUGUAACUAAUGGUGAUAAAUGUUUAAAAACUAUUAAUUCAUUUCAAACAGCUGAUGUUCAGUGUUUUGAUGGGAUUGGGUCUCGUUUAGAAGUAGAAAUACAUCCAGAUUUGACAUUAAAUAUUCACAUUGGAUUUCUCUCAGCUUCAGAAAAAGAAAGAAUGUUUUUGUUAAAUAUUACAAAAAUUGGUGAUGCUAAAGAAGAACAUGAAGAUUGGCAAUUAUGGAUGUGGUUUGGUAUUGUCACUGUAGUGAUUAUGGUGGUUAUUGUAUUGAUGGUAGUUGCUAUUUUCAUUUAUGAAUUUAUUCAAAAAAAACGAUAUAACCGUUUUUCAGAAACAUUUUAA